GGCAUUGGUCGACCAAGUGUAUACCAUGCGGUGGUGGUCAUAUUUCUAGAAUUCUUUGCCUGGGGGCUCUUGACAACUCCAAUGCUAACAGUCUUACAUGAAACAUUUUCCCAUCAUACAUUUUUAAUGAAUGGUCUUAUUCAAGGUGUUAAGGGUUUUUUGUCCUUUCUCAGUGCUCCGCUAAUAGGUGCUCUAUCAGAUGCAUGGGGAAGAAAAUCUUUUCUUCUUCUUACAGUUUUCUUCACCUGUGCUCCAAUUCCGUUAAUGAGAAUAAGUCCAUGGUGGUACUUCGCUAUGAUUUCGGUAUCUGGAAUCUUUUCUGUUACCUUUUCUGUAAUAUUUGCCUAUGUAGCUGAUGUAACACAAGAACAUGAAAGAAUUACAGCCUAUGGACUGGUAUCUGCCACCUUUGCAGCAAGUUUGGUAACUAGUCCUGCCAUUGGAGCGUACCUGUCUGCUAGCUAUGGAGAUAACCUUGUCGUGCUACUGGCCACAUUGGUGGCAGUUGUGGACAUCUGCUUCAUUCUGCUAGCUGUACCAGAAUCUCUGCCAGAAAAAAUGAGACCCGCUUCAUGGGGAGCUUCUAUAUCAUGGGAGCAAGCAGAUCCUUUUGCAUCUCUGAAGAAGGUUAGAAAAGAUUCUAUGGUCCUCCCAAUCUGCAUUACGGUAUUUCUCUCCUAUCUGCCUGAGGCUGGCCAGUAUUCUAGCUUUUUUCUGUACUUGCGACAGGUUAUAGGUUUUGGAUCUGCUAGCAUUGCGGCGUUUAUAGCUGUGGUAGGCAUUCUGUCUAUAAUAGCUCAGACUGUGUUUCUGAGUAUCUUGAUGAGGUCUAUAGGGAACAAAAAUACAGUUCUCCUUGGCCUUGGCUUUCAAAUCCUUCAGUUGGCUUGGUAUGGUUUUGGAUCUCAGUCUUGGAUGAUGUGGGCAGCAGGCGCUGUUGCAGCAAUGUCAAGCGUUACAUUCCCAGCAAUCAGUGCUCUGAUUUCACGAAAUGCAGCAUCAGAUCAACAAGGUGUUGUCCAAGGAAUAAUAACUGGAAUAAGAGGUCUGUGCAAUGGCCUGGGACCAGCACUGUAUGGCUUUAUUUUCUUUCUCUUUCAUGUGGAGCUCAAUGAGCUGCCACCUGAUCAGACUUCUGGAAAAAAAACAAUGCAAGAUCCCAGUGAUGAGAGAACAGUUAUUCCUGGUCCACCCUUCCUGGUUGGAGCAUGCAUUGUUCUUCUGGCUUUUCUAGUUGCCUUAUUUAUUCCUGAGCACAGUAAAGCCAGCAAUACCAGAAAACACAGCAACAGCAUCAGUAGUACUCUGAGUAACAACCUAGACCGAAGUAGUGAAGAGGAUAUUGAACCAUUGCUGCAAGAUAGCAGUGUAUGA